AUGACCUCCCGGCGGCCCGAACCCUUCGACGAAAUUGCCCUCCAAGUUUCCGCCGAACGCGCCGCGGACUUCAACGAGCGAUGGGUUAUGGGAUAUGGCCAUGCGUCCGUGGCCGAGCACGCCAUCGUGCACCUCGCCGUCGAGAACAUCUCUCGCCUUGCCUGCGACACCCUCGAAGAUAAUCGCCUCGCUUCGUUCACCGAAAAAUCCUCCCGCUACCAGGUCAUCGACCCCGAAAGUUUCCAUGUUCCGCAGGAGUUGGAACCCGUCUAUGACCUGAAAUCCCGGUACGUCACGGUUUGCCGCUCUCUCUUCGUGGCCUACGCCCGGCUUAUCCAGGGCGUAACCACCCAUUUGGAGACCAACCGACCGCGGGGCGACAACGAGAGCGACGGCGCCUACGCCCUGCGCCUGCGCCGCCAGGCCACCGACGCCUGCCGCGCCGUCCUGCCAGCCGCAACGCUGACCAACGUGGGAGUGACGGCGAACGCCCGCACCCUGGAACACGCUAUCAGCAAGUUGAUGUCCUCGUCGCUCGAUGAGGAACGUGCCCUGGGAUCCGAGUUGCGGGAACAGGGGCGGUCCAUCACGCCGACCCUGGUCAAGUACGCCGACUACAACCCGUAUUUCGCCGCGACGCGAAGCCGUGCGCCCGGGAGAUUCCAGCAGGCUGAACACGCCCCUAACUGGUCGGUCCGCUUGUUGGAGGUUGACGGAAAUGCUUCCCGCAAGCUGUGCGCUGCGCUGCUCUUCCGCCGUGGCGACAGCUACGCCGAUGCCAUGGCUGCGGCGAACAGUAUGCCAGUCGCAAACUGUCUGGAAAUCAUCAAUGACGCUGUCCGUGACAUCGGCCCUCACGACGCGCCGCCACGGGAAUUCGAGCUCGUCGCCUUCACCUUCGAGUUCGUCUUCGACUACGGUGCCCUGCGCGAGUUCCGACGCCACCGUAUGCAGACUUACGUUUCCCAGCCUUUGACCGUAGCCAACGGCUUUGACACGCCGCCUCUAAUUGGCGAAUCUGGGAUGGCGGAAGUAUUCGGGACGGCGAUUUCAGAAGCCGAUGGGUUGUUCAGGACUCUCGCCGAAGAAAACCCCGCUCUGGCUCAGUACGCGGUGACCCAUGCUCACCGCCAGCGUGUGCUUUCCAAGAUGAACCUGCGGGAGUGCUACCACCUGUUCAAGCUGCGGAGUUCCCGCCAGGCUCAUUUCGCCAUCCGUCAGCCGGUGUUGGAGGCCAUGCGCCUCGCCGUCGAUGCGGAACCGGAGCUGUUUCGGCAUUUGCCCUUGCGCAAUGCCCCGGAUUGGUGGCCGUUCACCCAAGGUUAG